GCAACAGCACAGUGUGAUUUCCAUGCAGUGGAUAUAAAUAGAGCUCCGUGUGCGUCCAGACUUCAUCUUCUGAGGAAGUAGUAGCAGUCAUCAUGCCUGAUCCAGUGAAAGCGCCCAAGAAGGGCUCCAAGAAAGCCGUGACCAAGACCGCCGCUAAAGGCGGCAAGAAGAGGAGAAAGAGCAGGAAGGAGAGCUACGCCAUCUACGUGUACAAGGUGCUGAAGCAGGUCCACCCCGACACCGGCAUCUCCUCCAAGGCCAUGAGCAUCAUGAACUCGUUCGUCAGCGACAUCUUCGAGCGCAUCGCCGGCGAGGCCUCCCGUCUGGCCCACUACAACAAGCGCUCCACCAUCACCUCCAGGGAGAUCCAGACCGCCGUCCGCCUGCUGCUGCCCGGGGAGCUGGCUAAGCACGCCGUGUCUGAGGGCACCAAGGCCGUCACCAAGUACACCAGCUCCAAGUAGACGACUCCUCCACCACCACAACACAAAGGCUCUUUUAAGAGCCACCCACUGCUACUGGAAGAGCGUUCUUUCUUAGAUCAGAUCUUUAACACUUAACUUCUAAAUUUCUUAACAUCUUUUAAUUUUUUUAUUUUAAUCUAAAUAAAAACAGAAGUUAAACAAACGGUAUAUUGCCCAAAGUGCGUUGAUAAUAUGAUGCUCCAAAUGGACUGACAACAUAAAA